AUGACCAAGUGGGCUCUGCUGGUGCUGACGGCCUUGGCCUUGGGGAGGGCUCUGCCUGUCCCAUCGACCUCUGCUCCUGCUCUCCAGUCUUUGCCUCAGAUCAUUUCCCCGGCCUCUCUCUCCCCCGUGACCUCGAAGAGCCCCUCUGUUCCUUGGGGUCAUGCUAGCCCCGGCCCCCGCCCUGGCCCUCGGAUUAGUCUCUCACUGGACGUCCCCAUCGGCCUGCUGCGGAUCUUACUGGAACAGGCCAGGGCGCGGGCUACCAGGGAGCGGGCCACUGCUAAUGCUAGAAUUUUGGCUCACAUUGGCCGCCGCUGA